UCAGUCCCUGUCAACAACCAUCCGAGUCAAACCAAGCCAUCAUGGCAGAAGUAGCACCAGCCGCACCCGCCCCGUCCAAAACGGUCAAGAAGAAGAAGACCACCAAGACCGCGAAGGCCGGACCCAGCGUGUCCCAGCUGAUCACCGAGGCUGUCGCCAAGUCCAAGGAGCGCAAAGGAGUCUCCCUAGCCUCCCUCAAGAACUCAUUGAACGCCGCCGGUUACGAUGUGGAGAAGAACAAGGCUCGCAUCAAGAUUGCUGUCAGGAAACUGGUGGCCAAGGACGUCUUGGUGCAGACCAAGGGCACCGGCGCUUCCGGCUCCUUCAAGAUGAACAAGGCGUCUGAAGCCAAGCCCAAGAAAGCUCCCGCUAAGGCUAAGAGCGCCGCCAAGAAGCCCGCAGCCAAGAAAUCACCAGUGAAGAAAGUGGCAGCCAAGAAGUCCGCCAAGGCCACGAUCAAGAAGCCCGCAAAGAAGGCAACAACCCCGAAGAAGAAGGCAAAGACGGCGGCUAAGAAGAGCACCAAAAGCCCCGCCAAAGCCGCCAAGCCGGCGGCGAGGAAAGCCCCAGCUGCCAGGAAGAGUCCUGCUGCCAAGAAGAGCCCCGCUAAGAAGGCGAGCAAGCCUAAAGCCAAGACUGCAGCCAAGAAGAAGUAGUUCCAUUUACUCAUCAAACAAAGGCUCUUUUUAGAGCCACCACUUUCUCCUUUAAGAGUAAAAUAUCCUCGACGUGAAAUCAUUGAGCAAUAAUGUAAUGCUCACUAUAUAGUUUUUGUUCCUUGGCAGCCACCGUAUUUAAUACAAACCAACACAAAAUCAAGCAAGCGUUCUAAAUUGCAAACCGUGGGAUUAAGUAAUAUAAAUGUGUAUAUAUGUAUAUAUACAUAUAUAUAUAUAUGUAUAUAUAUAUAUAUAUAUAUAUAUAUAUUUUUUUUUUUUUUAAAAUAGAGAUGCUUUUCAGAAUCUAAUGAUUAAUAGUUUUUUUAUUCAUUUUUAAUGUCUUCCAGUUGGAACAAGGCUAUAUUUCACCCCAAAAUGUUUCAAAGGGGAAACAUGGAGGUAAUUGGACUCCUUAAAUAGGUCAAUAAAAUAUAAGACUUAUUCCAUCCAUCCAU